CCUUUCAUAUGACAUUUUGUGGACUCGCCCAUUCGGUCGAUCGAAUGUCGCUGUCAGGAUAAUGUGAAAUGGUGUGAAAUAUUCUUUUCUGAUCCAUUUUUCUGUAUUGAAUCUGUCACAGAUAUUUCUAGGGAUAGUCUCAAAAUGAUGCAAUUUAUGCUCCUGUUCAGUAGGCAAGGUAAGCUCCGCCUACAAAAAUGGUAUCAAGCACAUCCAGAAAAGACCAAGAAAAAGAUCACUAGGGAACUCAUCAAUACCGUGUUGUCACGGAAACCCAAGAUGUGUAACUUCCUAGAGUGGCGGGAUCUCAAAGUUGUUUACAAAAGAUAUGCAAGCUUGUACUUCUGCUGUGCCAUCGAGGAUAAAGAUAACGAGCUCUUGACAUUAGAAAUCAUCCAUAGAUACGUGGAAUUGUUGGAUAAGUAUUUUGGAAGUGUUUGUGAACUAGACAUCAUUUUCAACUUUGAGAAAGCGUACUUCAUGCUGGAUGAGCUGAUGUUGGGCGGAGAAAUCCAGGAGACAAGCAAGAAGAACGUCUUGAAAGCCAUCCAGGCUCAGGAUAUGCUUCAAGAGGAGAUGCAGGAAAUCCAGGCUACCGUCGCUGCAUUAGAACAGCUGGGGUUCCUGUAGUCGCAUGCAUGAAUGCUUGCCUCUACCAUUUCCUAGUUGGGGAAACUCCCGGAGUCUGCUGUUACUUUUGCUUUGGAGGUGCCACUUGCAUAGUGAUGAUGUGAUAGAACACACCAUGACAGAUAGUUAUCCAUGUUCAUGUACAUGUGUUUAGAAUAACCACAUACACUUAUGUGAAUUAUAAAAAUACCUGCAUAAAUCCCCAUCAUCUGAUUGAUGGAUCUUUGAUCGCAUGUCAUUGAGUUAUAUAUUCCAUUCAAUGGUAGCCGUUGAAUAGAUCUUCAUUUCACUUGACUGGUACCCACCCCAGUUUCAUUUAUCUCAUUCCCAGUGAGAAAGAGGAAAAUAAUGUAGGGACGGAAUUCAGUCUGAUAUUGCUCGUACGUAGCGAUCGGACAUGAAUUGGACAAAUAACAGACAUUUAUACGCGAGCGGGACCCGUUUGCUCUCCGAGCAGAAGAGGAUUUUGGCAGGUAUUAUACAAAACAAAUGAUGAAUGUUUCGCCGAGUGGAAUGGAACAUUGCAUCUAUCAACAAAUGAAAUUAUUCUUACCAUUGCACGAAUAUGAAACAUUCAUAAUUUGUAUACCAUUCACUCUUCUGAACUGGAAGGGUUGUCAAGUAGACCCAACUGUUCUUUAACUGUCUGUGUGCCUAAAAGAAAUUUUCAAAUAACACCACAAGCAUUCCACAUUUGUACUAUAUAUUUUCUAUCUAGUUAUUUAUUGUGACAGACCGUAAAAAUUGUAUCAAAGAUUGGCACAUAUAUAUUGUAUACUUAAAUUUUAUCAAAACUUUGAUGCUUUUAGCUUUAGGUGUUUAUUGAAGAUUGUUGCUUUAUGUCUAUUAGCAAUUUAGUAUUGUAUUUCACUUUGGCUUUUGCAACAGUUUUGAAUGGUACCGUGAUUCAAUUCAAUGCAUUCAAGCAUAAAUUUAUUGCAGUAAAUACACAUAAAUAGGUUACUUGUAUUUAAUGUGACCUUCGAUGCAGUUCAUGUAGUCAAAGUGUGCAUUCCAGUUCACCAUAAGACAUCGAGUAAUAUUCCAAAAGUGUGUGCUCCAAUGUAAGCAAAUGCGUCAGAGGUCAUUCGAGAAUAGAGAAACACGCGCGCGACGGUUUCGCUUUCGGGACGGAUGGUUCUCGGAUGACCUUGCCCUUUAAAAUACUGAAAUGGCUCCUGUGUUGGAUUUAAUCCUCAGUUUGUGGAAUCAAAUUAUUUGCAAAAACAGCUAAUGUUCGUUAGAAUCAUACAUGUGUAUCUUCAAACAGAUAUGCAUAUGAAUACACAAGGUUUCAUACUUCGCGUACGCAAAACCAACUUUCCAUAAGUUACUUGAAAACAUUUACGUAUAGCAAGGCAUGGUGGUACAUUCUACAAAAUUUAGGUCGUAAAUUUAAAGUAUACGUGCUUUCGAUAUCAAUUGUUGUUUUAUACCUACGUUAAGCUCAAUAUUUUAAAACAAAUAAAAGUGCUUGUCGGUUGCUGUUUGUUCAUGGACAAUUAAUUCGUUGUUCAUAACAUCACAUGAGGACACGUUGUAUAAGCGCGACCUUAUGUAUGUCAGUGUGACACACCUUUGACCUUACUGGGUUCCUUUAGGGGUGCUCCGGUGACUGUAAUUUUAUUUCUGUUUCUGCUGUUUUUGUU